GGAGAGAGAGGCCAAAAAAAUACUCCGCUGUCAUUUUAUUCCACUCCUCCUUUGCUAACACAGCCAGAGCCACGUCUCCAACUGGUUUGGUCUUCAGCCCAGCCCUGCCCUGCCCAAACCAAGCCAGCCAACCAGCCAGAGAGAGAGAGAGAGAGAGCAAGGGGGAGGGGAACUGCAAAGGCUGGUGAGGAAAAGGGGAACCAGCACAAACACCCUCCUGACAGCAACAUGGAGAGCAAUGUGAAUGUGGAGAGGAACUGUCAGAGUCAAGGAGACAACAGCAACAGCAGAGGAGAGCAGCAACACUAUAGGGUGCAGAACCCAGAGGAGAGAAAGCGAACACCUAUACCCAGGAUGGCAACAAUGCAGUAUAAUCAUCGGAUUAAUCCUCAUGCACAGCAGCAACCACAGUUUCGAUCAUUUUCUGCAAACAAGUCCCGAUCCACAUUAAGUCCAGGGUUUCCCUCCCAGUGGCCAAACACAGUACCGGGCUGGAGCAGCUAUCACUUUCCCCGAAGGAGCAACAUGCAUUAUCAAACUGCGGCUACUUAUGCCUACAGAGCAGGCCAGACCCAAGCUUGUGGGCCCACCUCACAGCCAAUGGCCCCACCAAGUCCCAUCACUAACAGCAGCAGCAACAGCCACAGUAGCUGCAGCAGCAAUGCUGGCUGGGAACAGCUGAGCAAGACCAACCUGUAUAUCCGAGGCCUUCCCCCAGGCACCACCGACCAGGACCUGGUGAAACUCUGUCAGCCGUAUGGCAAAAUAGUAUCCACAAAGGCUAUUCUGGACAAGACAACUAAUAAAUGCAAAGGCUAUGGCUUUGUGGAUUUUGACAGUCCAGCAGCUGCUCAGAAGGCCGUAGCUGCUUUAAAGGGCAACGGUGUGCAAGCCCAAAUGGCAAAGCAACAGGAACAAGAUCCCACUAACCUGUACAUCUCCAACCUGCCCCUUGCCAUGGAUGAACAAGAACUGGAGAAUUUGCUGAAACCUUACGGACAAGUCAUCUCGACACGAAUACUGCGUGAUGCUAAUGGCACGAGUCGUGGAGUUGGAUUUGCAAGGAUGGAAUCCACCGAGAAAUGCGAAGCGGUCAUAGCGCAUUUUAACGGCAAAUUUAUUAAGACCCUGCCUGGUGUCCCUGCUCCCAUAGAACCUUUGCUCUGCAAAUUUGCAGAUGGCGGUCAGAAGAAACGACAAAACCAAAACAAAUAUGUGCAGAAUGGUCGACCGUGGCACAGAGACGGAGAGGUGAGACUUACGGGAAUGACCCUCACAUAUGAUCCUACUGCUAUGCAAAAUGGAUUCUAUUCAACACCGUACAGUAUUGCAACAAAUAGAAUGAUUGCUCAGACAUCUCUUACGCCCUACAUCGCGUCUCCUGUUUCAACAUAUCAGGUGCAGAGUACCUCCUGGAUGCCACAUCAACCUUACCUUAUGCAACAUGCUGGAGCAGUAAUGCCGCCAUCUAUGGAGCAUCAGAUGCCAAUGCAGCCAACGUCAAUGCUCAGUCCGCUGACACAGCAGAUGAGUCACCUCUCAUUAGGCAACACAGGAACAUACAUGCCAGCAACAUCGGCUAUGCAGGGAACAUACAUCCCCCAGUACACACACGUGCCAACAGCUGGUGUGCCAGUCGAGGAGCCGAGUGGCCAACAGCAGCAGGUUACUGUGGACACCUCAUCUGAACAUUCUCCGUACUCCUAUCAGCAAAGCAAGUAAUCCCCAGUUGUGCAAUGAUGGUCCCCGGUCCCUUUCCCUUUGGCGAAGAAAGUUCAAAGACUGAAACAAUCACGGCUUCUUCUGAUCUCUUGUGCUUUAAGAAUUUGUCAACGUUUUGCACAGAUUCUGAAAAAUAUUUUUUUUGUAAUAAAAUCAACUGAAACAAACUAUUUUGGUAUAAGUUCUGUGAAGUACAUAUAAAUGCUUACAUUCAUUGAAGGGGGUGAAUAAACCUCUGGAAAAUAAGUUUAUUUUAGUAAGGAAAGAAAGCUUAUUUUUAAGAAUUUGUCUGAAAUAGUGACAUAAAUGUUCUGUUUGCACAGAUUGACAGAGUGAAAUUUAUUAUUCAAGGUGCAUUAACAGAUUGCUCAACGCAGACUGAGAACUUGUUAUGAUUUUAAUUAUUAAUUAAUUCCUUUUUUUUUCUUCUGUAUUAUAUGCUAAGAUUUUUUUCUGGAAUUUGGAAACUUAGGCCAGACAUCAGCCACCGAUGUCCUCGCUUGCUGUGUGAGUGAUAUUGCUGUGAAAUGCUACAUUCUUAUAGUGUCUUUUUUGUUAGAUUCUGACUUUAUUAGAUAUAGAGUGAUGCGAUUAGUUUUUUUUCUUUUUUGCUGGAACUACAAUUUGCCUUAAACUUCUUGUUUAAUUAGCUGUUUAUGCAGGCAUUUUAAAGUUCUAUAUAAGAUAUAGUGCUUUGACCACAUGAGGUGGAUCAUAAUAAAUGCCUUGUUAAGCAGCAAUAAUAGACCUUUUGUAGAGUUGAUAUUAGUUGUUGAUCAUGAUUUUUAAAAGAAAAUUGUAGAUGUUUUUAAUAAUUUUCACUGUUCUUAGCUAAAUACUAAUUAAGAUAGAAAUUUUAGGCAGAGGAGAUUUGCAUGUGGAAUGUAAAAACAUUUUCUGACUUUGAUGAACUUUUAACAGAAGGAAGUGUUUUUAAGUUUGUGGGGUUGAAUUUCUGGUAAUAGAAAGGAAUUAGAAACACUGCUAAAUGGUGAAAAUGAAAAAAAACUUUGCGCCUUUUUAAAAAAAUAACUUGAUGUCGUAGUUUUAGAUUUAGAUAGAGGGGGUUGGGGGGGGGGGAGGUGGGGCUGUCAGAAUGACAGAAUAUGUUUUUUUCUCUGCUUUAGUGAGUUUGAAAAUAAUUGCUAAAGCUUUGAUUUCCGAUUGCUCAGAAGAUAGGAAGCAGAUGAAUUGCUGUUACAGCAAAAGAAAAGAGAAAAACAGAAGCUAAACCAGUUUUAUUCAUUGAAAAUAAGCUGAGAGAUUUGGCAGAACUAGAAUGGGUACUAGCUCUCUAUUAGGUAUAUAAAAAAAGACUUGGCACUUUUAAAAGUUAAUAUUACCAAAGAACUAUGAGCUAGCAACCAGUCAUAUAUAAAAAAAAAGUUUUCUCUCAGCCUUGAAUUUCUUCUGUACUCUUUGAUGUUUUUAUGCCGGACCUGUUUGUGAUUAGAUGUGCCUUUUUAUGUACAUUUGCAUUUGUUUUUAAUGUACGGACACAAAGAAGCAUAAAGGAAGGUUUGGAUCCAAGCAGUGCCACACUUUAUAUCAUUUUAUUUUUCCCCACUGUCAUCACUACAAAGACUUAGGGUAAUAAUGAGAGAGAAAACAUUUUGAAGCUAUGAAAUAACUGAUCGCAGUUUAUAAUGGAGCUUCACCUGAUUGCAUCAUUUAUUUUAAUUUCACAUCGAGUCGGUGAAGCUCACUUGUUUAUUCAUGAUUUUUUUGUAUUUUUUAAAAAAAAUAUUAUAAAAUAAGUUGUCUUCCAAGAGACUGUGCAUUUGUCUGAUCAGCUGUUUGGUCAGUUAUCUACCUCAAGGUUGUGUUUGCUAUUGUCAUGGGUCAGGUUGCUGGGCCCGCCUGCCUCAACAGACCAAAUCACUCUAGCUCGGGAGCUAGGGCUAAUUAAACAAGUUGUUUUUUCAUGUGUUUAGUUAUUUUUCAGAAUUAUUGUAAUACUACGUCAGUGUGUGAAGUUCUUGUCAUCAGUCUAUUUCAUAGUUUCAAAAUAUUUGCUGCUUAGAAGAUGGAUUUUUUUUUUGAAAAUAACAUUUCGUUGGAUUCUCAACACUUUUUUUAAAAAAUAAGAAUAGUUGUGGUAUUACUUGGUCAUUUACUCCCUAGAAUAUUUCUGCUGUGUCAAAGUCCAGGCAAAUUGCAGCACUUCCAUGUACUUGGGUGAUUGCCAGAAUUCGAGCUACAGACACAUAUUGGGUGGUUGUGGAUUGUUCAAGACUGAAAUAUGAGAGGUCUCUCUAACUGUGUGGGAUUGGCUACUCAGUGCCAUACUCUUAUCUGGAUAAGAUUUGCAAACCGUAUCCUCUGUACAUAAAGAAUAAUCAAUUACCUAAAACAUCACAUACUAGACAGCCAUUAAAUUAUAAAGAAGCUUAAUUUAUGAAGAAAGACCUUUUGUACAGAUUGUUUGAAAAAGAUUUUCAUAGAGAUGUCUAUAUGAUCAAGAGAGUUAAUUUUUUAUUUUUGUUUUACUAGUGCCACAAACAUGGCAGUGGUAACUUAUUUGUCCGGUUCCAAAUGACUCAUUCUGUAGUUUUGUUUCCUGAGAUGUGUUGUUUAAGCCAAAAAAAAAAAUUUUGAACUGUAAAUUAAUUUAGAUUGUUACUCUUAGUAUUUCUGUUCAUUUUUCUUUUGGAAAACUUUUGAAUAAAAAAAAAGA